AGGAGCAGAGUCCUGAUUCCGGGCCCCACCCCCGUUAUCACGGCAGUUCCCUCCCCGGCCCCCAGUGAGGCCACGAGCCUCUGGGCGGGGGCGGAUAAAAGGCCGGGUGCGGCCGGGAUGCUGGGCACCGUCCCCCAGGAACGAAUGCCAGAUCCGUGUAGGGCUCUCCGUGCCAAAGACCACGGCUUUGGCCCGACGGCCGGAGAGGGGGCCGGCCGAGGCCAGAGUUGUUGCUGACGCCUCCUGGUUCGGGAUAGCUGCUGGGCUGGCGCGCUCUACACACCUUGUCUGGGGCCGCAGGGCUUCCCAGCUUGGAGGGAGGAGGGACAACAGGGGAGAUAGCGAGCCAGUAAGUCUUGGGGAGCAGCCUGGGUGCGUCUGCGUGGCUAUCUGGGUUCCAGACCCCAGCACAGCAUUCAAAGCCCGGCCCCCUCUGCCAGGUGAGCCCCCCUCCAGCCCCGCACUGACAGCGGGGGCCGGCAGGCACUUCGGCGGACUUAGGGGCUUUAUCGCAGGGAGCCCGGUGCAGGGGUAGCUUGAGGUUAGGGGAGAAACCUCUGGCCUCCGAGAGUCUUCUGGACCCUGGAGGGCUCCGGAUCAAAAGAAGGUGUAGACGGCUGGAGAGCGCCGCCGGAGGUGCGGCAGUUCCUAGUGGAAAGGUAGCGCCCGGGCGCAGCGCGUAUUGAGCCCGGGCGGUCGGAUUGCGCAGCAAGCAAGGGGAGUGCGCGAGCUUGCGCGCGCGCGCGGGAAGGCUGAAUUCCCUCUCCCCUCUGUACCCCCCCCCCCAAAAGCUUUCCCUCUUCCCUCCCCCUCGAGAGGCCAGGACCCGUAGGUUAUCCUAUACUGAGGAGGGGAGCCUAGGAGGGUUGGGGAUCGGGAGGCGGAUCGUGCGGCCCCGGCAGGUGAUAGAGAGCGAGUUCUCACGCCCCCUCCUCCCCGCCCCCUCAGACACACACGCGCGCACACACACACACACGCACACAUACAGCCCUCCUCCUCUCCCGGCCCCCACCGUCUCUCCCCCACUCCCGCCCCCUUCUUCUUUUUUUUUUUUUUAAGCAGCACCCUACCCCCACCCCACCCCCACCUUCCCGGAGAACACGCCCCGAGUAUUUGGAAGAGAAGAGGCAGAUAGUAGCAGUAGCAUUGAACCUGAGGGGCUCUGGCUGUGCGCAAACCUGCCGCUCGAGGAGCGACGGGCGACAGACGACAGACGAGGCGAGAAAGCCGGAAUAAAAGAAAAAGAGAGCGAGGGGGGAGCGACGGCGAGGCUGGGAGAAGGAGGGAGCCAGGGAGACAGACAUCGAGAACCCGGGAGAUCAGACAGACGCACACGCACACACACACUCUCUUUCUCACACACACCGAUACGGACCCUUAGCCAGCGAGCGCGGGAGAGAAGGCCAGUCUAGAGCCAGACGGACCGACGCCCCGAGACGACCCCCUGACCCCACCCCCCACUGCACCCCGGAGACCCCAGGGCGGGAUAUGGUGAUUGUCUCCACUGCCUCUCGGGAUUUACAAAGACAGCUCCGCCUGCUCUGGGCUCCUGCUCCAGCUCCUGCCCCUAGCCCCCGGGGCCCAGUCCCCCGCGUCACCAGGGGGGGCUCAGCCCCGUGGGGGGCCACCCUGGCCCGAGACUGAGCCCCAAACUCCAGCCCCCUCCCCAUCUAGUGCAUGUGGAGCUGAGCGCUGCCGGCCAGCGGGGAAUAUGAACCGGAAAGCAAGGCGCUGGAUUUGCCCCAUCUUCCUGAGCCUGGGCAUCGUCUACAUCAAAAUUGGGGGCUUCUCCUCUGUGGUGGCUCUUGGGGCCAGCAUCAUCUGUAACAAGAUCCCAGGGCUAGCUCCCAGACAGAGGGCAAUCUGUCAGAGCCGACCUGACGCUAUCAUCGUGAUCGGAGAAGGGUCUCAAAUGGGAAUCAACGAGUGUCAAUUUCAGUUCCGAAAUGGUCGUUGGAACUGCUCAGCCCUGGGAGAGAGGACGGUCUUUGGGAAAGAGCUGAAAGUGGGGAGCCGAGAAGCUGCAUUCACCUAUGCCGUCAUUGCUGCAGGUGUGGCCCAUGCCAUUACAGCUGCUUGUACGCAGGGUAACCUGAGUGACUGUGGCUGUGACAAGGAGAAGCAGGGCCAAUAUCACCGAGACGAAGGCUGGAAGUGGGGGGGCUGCUCAGCUGACAUCCGCUAUGGCAUCGGCUUUGCCAAAGUCUUCGUGGAUGCAAGAGAGAUAAAACAGAAUGCUAGGACCCUUAUGAACUUACACAACAAUGAGGCUGGACGCAAGAUUCUAGAAGAGAAUAUGAAGCUGGAGUGUAAAUGCCAUGGGGUGUCAGGUUCGUGCACCACUAAAACAUGCUGGACAACGCUGCCCAAGUUCCGUGAGCUGGGCUACAUCCUGAAGGACAAGUACAACGAGGCGGUGCACGUAGAGCCUGUUCGAGCCAGCCGCAACAAGCGACCCACCUUCCUCAAGAUCAAGAAACCCUUAUCUUACCGCAAGCCCAUGGACACGGAUCUGGUAUACAUCGAGAAGUCGCCCAACUACUGCGAGGAAGACCCUGCCACAGGCAGUGUGGGGACCCAGGGCCGCAUGUGCAACAAGACCGCCCCGCAGGCCAGUGGCUGUGACCUCAUGUGCUGUGGCCGUGGCUACAACACCCACCAGUACGCACGCGUGUGGCAAUGUAAUUGCAAAUUCCACUGGUGUUGUUAUGUGAAGUGUAACACGUGCAGUGAACGGACAGAAGUGUACACCUGUAAGUGAGCUGGGAGGGUUGGGGAGAUACUGGGCAACUGGGUGGGUGAGGGGGACGUGGACAGAAAGGGGCAGGGGACAGCCACUGCCUGGCCACCCUUCCAUUCUCCCCCUCGCCAUCCCACGACCCACAGAGAAAUGAAAAAGAUGGGGAAAACCGAGGAAGACGGUUGCACAUGAUCUGGCCUGCCCUCACCAUCCACCUGGCCUCUUCCAAAAGACCAGCUUUGGGCGGAGAUUUUUUUUCUGACUUCUCCCAGGGAAGCUGGGACAUUCCCUGUCAGACCCAAGAGAAGAACAGAGAGCGGCCAACUCCCUCCACGAGUAUAUUCGGCCACUAAGACACUGGAGUCACUGUGGGCCCAGGCGGCUUUAGGCAGACCACCAGGUUGGGCCAGGCCCAGCCCCCCGGCUCAAGGGGUCAGCCUCCCCCUGGGAACAAAUGGCUCCAUCUGCACAGUGACUGUUUGUUCACCAGGAAUCGAAUGUGGCAAGAAGCACUGGAACGAUGAGAAAAUCUUUGCACGGGUCAUCAGUACCCCAGUGUGAAUAAUUCCUGCAGAGGGCUGCCCACCAGGCACAGUGCAGCCUCGGAACCUCUGGGCUGGUUUUCAUCUCAUUCAAGUCACUUCAGCAAACACGGCUUUGCUCCUGCUGGUGUACUUUGGCUAGAAACAACAUGGCCUUCCUUUGAGCUGCCAUUUUUUUUUUUAAAGCAGGGACGUUAGGCGCCUGGGCUUACUAAUAGCAAUAUUUAACAAUUUAUUCAGAUAAAAAAUAAUAUUAAUUUAUUUAAUUAAAAGGACUCUACCACCGCUUGGAAAAAAUUCUGCAAUCAAAGUACGCUCCUUGCUUUCUUUGUGGAAUAAUUUUGUCAUCUGGGCAAGGAACAAUUGGAAAUGUACAUAGUUAUUCUUUAUGCAGAUUAUUUCUACUAGUUGAUUUUGCAAGUUGUUUCUUGCAAUCCUAGAUGUUUAAGUAUAAAAGCAGGCAUCUUUUUACAUAUAUAUAUUUUUUGCUGUUUGCUGCUAGUUGUCUGGAACCUCAAGUUGGCAUUAAUCUUGAGAUCUUUCCCCCCUACCCCCUGCCAGGUAAGACUCGCCAUCCUGAAAAUCCAGUUUGAGAUGCCUAUACAGAGAAACAGAAAUUAACUCCAGACAAUUUCCGUCUUUUGGAAAAUGACCCAUAGGAUAAGAGAGUAUAUUUUGUAAGAGACUAUUUUUAUAUGAAUAUUUUAUUUAUACUAUGUUUGCCUGUAUCAUGCUAUAACCUGUUCUACUACUCAAACCAGGCAGCCAUCUCAUCCUGUUUAUCAGAGGAAGGCUGCUAAGGCCUUGGGAUGGAGGAGGAUGGAGCUCAGAGCCCAAAUGGCUCUCUUCCCCUCCUAUCACACAAACCCCCUCUUGGGAUCCAAUUUGCCAAGCGUGCAAAAGAUCCUUUGGUCACAUGGUUCAAAGGCGUGAUUGGUAUUAACAGGAUACUCUCUGAGCCCAUUUGGAGGAAGAAAAAAAAAGCCAACCCCAACAAAUUUAAGUUCCCCCCCCUUGUGGCCUGGGUCAGUCAACUGUGGCCCUGUGAUUAGCAAAGGCAGUGGGUGUACUGGCCCUGAAAUCCCCACAUUGUGGGACUGUCACAAUGGAUCGGAUCAGCCCAGAUCAGCAGGCUUGGACGUUGCCGACCAGACUAACACACACACACAAAACUGCCUCCCAUAGACAGCGAUUACCCUAGAACCCCAUUUUAAUGAUGAAAUGGGUUUGCAGACAUGCCUUUGAGUCCCGACUUUCUACCAAUAUUUCCUUAGAGGACUUUUUCAUAAGACACUAAAAUAUCCCUUUGAAACAUAGGACGUUCAACCAAUCCACGUUGAGGUUCCUCAGCCUCUUUCCAGGCAGCUGCAGCCCCAACGUGGUUGGCUUGGAGAGUGCCCUGUCCAAGACAAAGUGCAAACCAUCCGGGGCACAUUGAGAAAGUCGGCUCUCUCUUCUCCCAUCUUCUCCUGUCCUCCUUUUGCCUUUUCUUCUCUGGGAGAGGCACUCAGGAGUUAGAAAGGGCAAGUGUCUACAUCAUGGAAGCUCUUCUCUCUCCAAUCUAGCCUGGCUCUCCAGCCUCUCACAUUCAUUGCUUCCCAAGCUCUCAUUUGAAGAAGGUCUCAUUUGGGAGAGUGUAGACAUGAUGCAAUGAAAAGAACCUUGAAUUUGGAGACCUGGAUUGGAAUCCUGGCUCUGCUGCUUAAUUCCCAUGUAAGUCACCUUUCUUGAACCAGUCCCUUAACUUAUGUAGUCCUCAGUUUCUGGAUCUGCAUCUGCAUCUUUUGUGUCAUGGCGGCUCCCUUGGGUGAUUUGGUAAAAACUAUGGACCCCCUUUUGAGAAUAAAGCUUUUAAUGAGUAUAAUACAAUGCAUAAGAUUACCAAGAAUAAAAACUAUAUUGAAAAAGUAUACAAGCUUUAUUUGAAAAUGCAAGUUCACAGACCCCCAGGUGAAGAACCCCUGGAUGAGGUGAUCUCUUUUUCCCUUCUAGCCUUAAAUACUGUGAUUCCAAGAGGAUUGGGCACCAAGUAGUUCACGUGUCUCUGUAGGUAGAAGUGCUUCCAUACAGGGCUCUGGGUAUUUGCUCAUGCAUAGGAGCAGAGGUUUUGAGCUGACGGGGACUUCAGAGAUCAUGUAGUCCAGAAAUAUCAAACUCAUAGCCUGGAGUUGGGCUGAACCAGAUUCAAAUGUAAUUGGGAAAUAUUGAACAAAAUAAAUAAAAAUACAGUAGAACAUAGAUGAUGUUAUUAUGUGCUUUUCUAAGUCAUUAUACUCCUAUGAGGAUCCUUAUGUAGUUUAGUGGUCCCCCUUUAUGUCUGAAUUUGACCCUGCUGGUCUAAUCCAACCCCCAUUUUAUAGAUGACAAGUAGAAGACCAGAGAGAAGUGAUUUGCCCAGGAUCGUGGAGGAUUUGAAUUCACGUCUGUUGACUCCCAGAUCCAGUGCUCCUUCUCCCACCCCAUACGUGUUUAUUUGGCCACAUAUCUCCACAUCUGCAUUUUCCUUUUCCUUUGUUUUUUUUCUGUGUCUUUUAUCUAUGAGUCCCAUGUGUUUCUCUGUAUUUGUCACUUCCUAAUUUUUUCUGCAGUCAAUGGAGUCCAUUGGCGUCCUUCUCUUUUCACACACCCCACUUUUCCUCCUGGGAUUUGGGAACUCUUUCCAGCUCCUGCUGGGGAAGGAAUGGCCUUUUUGAAGACAAGACCCUAGUGGAGUGAUUGUGUGCCUGGGGGAGCUGGUAGCUCUGGAACUCACUCCCUGGGGCUACUGGUUGAUCCACAAAAAUAGCCCUAUGAUCAUGGUACUGGGAAGGACCAUUGUGGAAGGAAGCAUGGGGGUCCCCAAACCACACACCUUUCCGGGUUUGGUCAUCUGAUUAGGUGGGGUGUCUGGAUAAAGCUUUUCUUGGAAAACAGAUUCUUUGCUUCCUACAGAGUGUAAUUAACCUCCAAACCUGGCGUUCUUCUGCACACCUGCCACCUCCACCCACCUAGUAGGCUUGUUUCCCCACCAUUCAGCCCCAGGUGACCCCUAUCAAAUUGUCAUUUACUUUCACAGUGGGGAGCGAGGGCCCCAGCCGAGCGUGUAAUUAAAAGAAUGAAAGUAUUUUUGGUAAUAGGAAAGUUGUUAUCUUGUCAGCUUGGUUAUUUUCCUGCAAAAACAUCACAGGCAGCUCUUGCUUUGGCUUUGGUGUUGGAGACACAAUGGCAGACACUGCCCCCUCGGAGGCUAUAGUCCGUCAAGGGCAAGGCCUGCUUAAUCUGUGUACCCAAACACUGAGGAUGUCUCCUGGGAGCAGCGUCCUGAGCUAAGCCUCCAACACACCCCUCCACCCUUUCUCUUAACACAUCCCUCCACCCUCCCUCCCUCCCACAUGCAUACGGUCUCUCCCAUCUCAUCCUCCUUUGGAGUUAGGAAUAGGGAGAUAGAUGCACAGCUAGUGGCUCUAUCACCCGGAAUCCUGGUGUUUGUUUGUGCCUGGGGCUUCAGUUUCCCCAUCUGUAAAAUGGGAAUAAUAAUAGUUACCUACCUCACAGGGAUGUUGUGAGGGUCCCUUCAUUAAUGUUUCUAUGGCACUUUUAAGCUGCAAAGUGAUGAUGAGUUCUAAGUAUUAUUAUAAGCUCCUUCAAAACACCCUUCUUCAAACACUUUUACUCACAGUAAUAAACAUUUGGAUCUCUGUA